UAUUUUAACGUUUGCUAAACAUGGAUUUUACAGAAGAACACUAUAAACUGAACAGAAUUCUUCUGCUAUGGCUCGGCCUAUGGCCUUACGACACUUCAUUCUUCAAGAAGAUACAAAUUGUUUUUUUUGAAGCAUUAUUCAUAUCAUUCGUAUUAUGUCAGUUCAAUGUACUUCUCGUGAAAAAUUGCAGUAUUGUACUUGUCAUGAGAAUAUGCAUGUUUCUUUUUAUUAUUAGUUGUGUUAUUAUAAAUUAUAACGCAGGGCUGCUACUCACUCAUACCUUCAAGUAUGUCUUUAAUAGAAUUCGCUAUGAUUGGAAGAUAUUGAAAAAUCAGGCGGAAUUCGAAAUAAUACAAAAGUAUGCAGAUAAGACAAAGUUCUAUACGAUUAGUUUUGCGCUCUUAGGUACUUCUGGAUGCCUGGGAGUACUCUCAUUAUCUUUUGUAUCACCUAUACUUGAUGUAAUUAUACCAAUGAAUGUAUCACGAUCGUUACGAUUACCAAUUGUAGCAGAAUACUUUGUUGACCAAACAAGAUAUUUCUAUCCUAUCAUGAUACAUAUAUUCAUAGUCAGCUAUGUUUGCCUUAUGACACUAGUGGCCAUUAUAGCACUGCUUAUAGCAUAUGUAAUGCAUAAUUGCGCCAUCUUUGAAAUUGUCAGCUAUCGACUAGAACAUAUGUUUGACGAAAAAAUAUUAGAAAUGUCAAAAGAUAUUAGGGAACAUAUACUAUAUGAGAGAUUAGUUCAUGCAGUAUAUCUUCAUCGAAGAGCUACGGAUAUGGCUAAUAUCAUGACAAACAGUUAUGCAAACUUUUAUAUGAUAUUUUUAAUAAUUGGGAUAGGUUCUACGACUUUCAGUGUUUUUCAUUUCUUCUAUGUGUUGGAAGCUUUAAAUGACGUAAUAGAAAUAAUAACGAGUAGCGCCAUUAUAGUUUUUCAAUUCUAUUAUAUAUUUAUUGCAAAUUAUAUGGGACAAAAUAUCAUUGAUAUCAGCGUAAAUCUAUUUCAAACAACAUAUAAUACCGAAUGGUACGCAGCACCACUGUGGUUACAAAAAUUGAUAUUGUUUAUAAUGCAGAGAAGCAGCAUCAAGAGUACUUUUACAACUGCAGGGGUAUUUGAUGCAUCGUUAGAAGGUUUUGCCAAGAGAUAUUUAUUAUAGCUCCUGAGCAUGUCGAUGUCAUAUGUUAUGUUUCUGCGUUCUACGUGAAUUCAAUAAAAAGAAUGCUUGAGAGGAUUUAUUAUCAUAAUUAGCUCGAAUUUGACUUAUAAAUAUAAAACGUGUUCAGUAGUAUAUGUAUAGUAUAUGUAUUCUGUUGCGUAUAUACUGAUAAAAUAAAAUUGACUUGAAUG